AUAGUCGCACAUCAGCGCUCACAGAUCUCCCCAUAUCGUCCCUUAAUCCUCGAAGCUAUGGCCAAAACCACGUUUCAACUGAACGAUGGAACAUCCAUUCCGUGGAUCGCUUUCGGAACAGGGACUGCGCUCUACAAUCGUGACGCUGAGAACGCCGUCGUCCAGGCCAUCUCGCUCGGGGUGACGCAUCUCGAUGGCGCUCAGGUUUAUGGGAAUGAGGACUCAUUGGGCUCCGCCAUCGCCAAGUCCGGGAAGAAAAGAGAAGAGCUCUACGUCGUCACGAAAGUAUAUAAGCUUCAAGAAGGGGAAACUGUCAUUGACAAUCUCAAAGGGUCCUUGAAGAGGCUGAAGCUGGACUACGUGGACCUCUUUCUUAUUCACAGCGCAGACUCGUUCUUCGGUCGUCAACAGGAGAUAUGGAAGGGCUUGGAAGCCGCGAAGGAGGCCGGUUUGACCAAAUCCAUCGGUGUUUCCAACUACCGGGUUCAGGACCUGGAGGAACUUCUCGCCGGCGCUAAGGUCGUUCCUGCGGUCAACCAAAUUGAAUUCCAUCCUUAUGUGUACAAAGCCGCCUUGCCUAUAUACGAGUUCGACAAGAAACACGGCAUUCUCACCACCUCUUAUGGCGGCCUCUCCCCGAUCGUUCGCCAUCAGGGUGGCCCCCUCGACAAAGUUUUGCCGGGCAUUCGCGAGCGUCUGAGUAGCGCAUACGGCAAGCCCGUCUCCGACGGUCAGGUUUUGACGAAAUGGUUACUCCAGAAGGGUGUACUGCCAGUCACUACGUCCUCGAAAGCAGAGCGCAUCAAGGAAUUCCUCGACACGAUCAACGUUCCUGAUCUUACCGACGAGGAGAUCAAGAUCAUCGACGACACGGGUUCGGCUGUGCACCAUCGGGUAUUCCAAAAGUGGAUGGACCAGUAAAUCAUAGUGUGUAAAGAUACUGCCGCGGAUAUCAAGACACAUCCCCCGUAUAUGUCAGUCAAUUCGCGCAAGCCCUGGACUGGAUGUUAUUGCAGUCGCUAUUCAGACACUCGCGGCGGGCGCGCUAUGCAUAGUUUUUGUCAAUGCCUGCGCUAGAUCGCUCAAUCAGGCUAUAACACACCCUCCCUCGGCGCGGGGACAAUUGCACUUGUCUUCAUCUUUGAC